AUGAAGCAGGUCGUCGUUAACGAACCUCUUUUGUCUGUAGAGAGUGGAAAUGAUACUGAUGAACAACAAAGUAUUUGGGCUUCCAUAUUACGUGAUGUCAAAUCAUCAGCAAAAAAAGCACCUACAACAAAAUCUUUGGUAGUUUUAGGUGAUAAUGAAAGUGGUCGAACAACAUUAGUAGCUAAAUUACAAGGCAAUGAUGAUCCAAAACGAGGUGCUGGCCUUGAAUAUCAUUAUAUUGAUAUUAAAGAUGAUGAUCAAGAUGAUACUCCGAAAUUAGGUGUGUGGAUUCUUGAUGGUGAUGUAGCAUGUUCAGCUCCAUUAUUAAAAUUUGCUAUGAAAUCUGAAACAUUAGAAAAUACAGUUCUGAUUCUUGUUGCAAGUAUGACUCAACCAUGGUCAUUAUUAUCAACAUUAAAAAAAUGGACAACACUUAUUGAAGAACAUAUUGAUCGAUUACAAAUUGAUCCAACACGUUUACGUGAAAUGCGUGAUCGUCUCCAAUAUGAUUUUCAACAUUAUAUGGAACCAAAUGAUUCAUCAACAAUGUUAACAUCAUCUGCAUCAUCAACAACAAUUAAAAGUGGAGUUGGUGGUGGUCGUGUACCAAGCUCUGUUUCAUCGGUUUCACUCGCAUCAACAACACCAUUAAGUCUAACAAAUGGAGAUGAACAGGUUGUUUUACCACUUCCUGAUGGUGUUUUAACAAAAUCAUUUGGUAUUCCAAUUAUUGUUGUUAUAACAAAAUGUGAUGUUAUGUCAACAUUAGAAAAAGAAAAUGAUUAUAAAGAUGAACAUUUUGAUUUUAUGCAACAUCAUUUAAGAAAGUUCUGCUUAGAAUAUGGUGCUGCAUUGUUUUAUACAUCGGUAAAAGAGAAAAAGAAUAUUGAUAAACUAUAUAAAUAUAUUGUACACAAAAGUUAUGGCUAUCUAUUUACAUUAUCAGCUGUUAUUGUUGAACGUGAAGCAAUUUUUAUUCCAGCUGGAUGGGAUAAUCCAAACAAAGCGGAUAUUUUAUUAGAAAAUCUUCAUCGAAUUAAAUCGACAGAUAAUUAUUCAGACGUUUUUGUCAAACCUGUUACGCGACGGCCAUUACAACGUGAUAAUGAAAUAGUUAUGGCUGAAGAUGAUCAAGAAUUUUUAUCAAAACUUCAAUUAACACUUAAUAGAGCUGCAUCACCUGGUAGAACAGAUGAAAAUGCAACAUCUGUGUCCACACGAACAUCAGGUGUAAGUGGUGGUGUUGGUUCACAACCAACUGCAGCAGUUGGACGAUCAAGACCUCAGUCGAAUGCAACAUCUGCCAGUGGAAAUACUGCAACGAAUGAAGGAGCAUUAGCUAAUUUUUUCAACAGUCUUCUCACAAGAAAAUCAAGCGGUGCGGCAACUCCUACAGGCGGCAGUACACCUGCUACUCAACGGCAAACAUCUCAAUCUCCUACAACACCUUCAUCAAAACGAUUACAGCAACAUCCUCUAACAUUUGCCGUUACACCACCACUGGGUCGUUCAAGAACACCUACACCACAUAAAACAUUCCCUUCCUCAUUGAACGUAGAAUCACCACCUAAAAUCGUAUCACCUGUAGUUGAAAAACAAGCUACAGUAGAAAAUACUUCUUUCAUUUCACCAACAGUAGUUCGAACACCCUUGGAAGAUAGUAAACCAGUGAAAACUUUCAAGACCACAGAAAAUGAGCAAUCAACAAUAACAACUGUUGAAUCUCCAAAUUUCAAUCAUAAUCAGAAACAAUUCAAUGAUGCUCUCCAAGUUGAAAAUGGGCCGAUCACAAACGGAGAUCGACAAAAUACUGAAUCAAUAACAUCGCAACACGAUUCAAUAUCUAAUACUAAAGAUAAUUCUAAUAGUGAAGCUCGUAUUGCUUCUCCUCAAUCGUCACCCACAACAGAGAAGGAAUUGAAUAUUAAACAAAUUGUGCCAAAUGAUGACACUCAUCAACGAUUAUCAAAUGAUUCUCCUCUUUCGCAAAGUAUCACACAAGAUCAAGAAAGUGAGAUUCAACAAUCUCCUUCUUUUCAAUCAACAGUUACAGACACUCCACGAAACGAUGAAAAAACUAUAAAUAACACAUCAACUGAUACACAAUCAAGACAUAUUUCUCCAUCGCAGCAUGAUGAACUCUUGAACACCGAAAAUCAGAGCAAUGUCUCAUUGAUUGAUGAAUCAAGAUCGUCUUCUCUUGCUGCACAUGAUCAUAAUCAGCUACAUGAUUUAUCACAAUCUAUAGAUCAGAAGUCAUCUGAACUUUCGUCAAGUCAAACUUUUGAAAACACUCAACAAUUAAAUGAUGAACAAGAGAAAGAAGAGCAAAUAUACUCUACUACAACAAAAGAAGAAGCACUUGAAGACUCUACUAAAGGCAAUACAUUAAAUAAUGAUGAAGAACAACUAACUGACACGAAACCAUCUCUAAAUUCUAGUUGUCAGAAGAGUUCAAUAAACUCCUUUAUUACAUCUCAAUCGUCUGAAGAUGAAAGAACACAUCUUCAACCAGAAAAUGAAUUACCUACUGAUACUUUACCUUCCGUACAACUUCAAAGACGAUCUUCAUCGUCUGAUGUUGUUGAAUCAGCACUACCAAUUCCAUCUAGAUCAGAGUCACAUACUAUACUCGAACCAUCUGAAUCAUCAUUAAUUUAUCCAGUUGAGGACAGUCAACAGGCGUCUCAUACAGAGCAAUUUGAUCAGGCAAUCAUUCGAACAGAACUGCCUGAUAAUGUUUCAUCAACUAUCCAAUCUCCCACAUUAUUCUCCAUUUCAAACAAUUCCACCAUUGAAGAGCAACAAAACCAAAUCUUCAUAUCUGAUUCUAACAUGAAUAAUAACCAUGAUGAUUUCGAUUCUACAAACGAAAUGCCAAUUAACAGUUCAGAUCUACCUACAACACAAGAAACAAAUUCACUAACAGCAACUGAUACGGAGAAAUCACUUGACUCAUCUAUUUCUGACUAUCCUCCCUUGACACCAACAACUCGGGAACAAAGAAAGUUACAAUCAACAGAAACAAACUCAACAAAGACGUCGACUCACGAGGCAACACUCUCAUCUAUCUCAUCAUCGGAACUUUCAGAAUCUACACAACUCCUUCACUCGCCUACAAUUGACACACAUGAAACCAAAUGGCAUUCUCUUGAGAACACAGCUGAGCUACCUAUAACUAACGACACAUAUGAACACGGUCGGUCGCCGUCGCCUACUACUACACCAACCGAACAAGAUUCCGCACCCCUAUCAGCUGUUACAGAACCAGAACAAGAAAGUGAACAACUUGCAUCACAUCCUCGUGGAAACAAUCAAGAACGAAGUCGAUCUCCAUCACCAUUUUUACAAGGCACAGAACAAAUAAAUCCAUCUCAACCAUCUAUUUCAGAAGAUGGACAACACAGGAACCGAUCACCAUCACCUACAACUGAGAACAAAAAUCAACGAAGUCGAUCUCCAUCAAUUGUCGUUCAUGACCAACAACAAAGGGGAGAGUCUUCAUCGCCCACUACUGAAAAGAAAGAUAAAGGUAGUCGAUCCUCUUCGCCUACCAUCGAGCAGAGUGAAAAUCCCAGCUCACCUCUCUCGCCCGCCGUGAAUCAAAAUCCAGAAUCAGCUCGAUCACAGUCACCCACUACCCAAGGGAGGCAACAGAGAAGCCGAUCACCAUCACCUAUAAUCCACCAAAGCCUUGAACAAAGCCAACCUGUAUCACUUACCGAGAACGACGCAGAACAAAAGAGUGAAUCUCCAUUCCCUGCUGUCCAAGACGAACAACAAAGGAACGAAUCUCCCUUACCUAUUACCGACAAAAGCAGUGAACGAAGUCAAUCACCAUCAUCUGCUUCUCAAGAAGGCGAAGUAAGAAACCGAUCACCUUCACCUAUCACUCAAGGAAAAGAUGAACACAGUCGAUCGUCUUCGCCUGUUGCCCAAGACGGACAACGAAGAACCGAAUCUCCAUUACCUAUUGCCGACAAAAGUAGUGAACGAAGUCAAUCCCCAUCGUCCGCUGCUCAACAAGGCGAAGUAAGAAGCCGAUCACCUUCACCUAUCACUCAAAGAAAAGAUGGACGCAGUCGAUCGCCUUCGCCUGUUGCCCAAAACGUACACCAAAGGACCGAAUCUCCAUUACCUAUUGCCGACAAAAGUAGUGAACGAAGUCAAUCACUGUCGUCUGCUGCUCAAGAAGGCGAAGUAAGAAGCCGAUCACCUUCACCUAUCACUCAAGGAAAAGAUGAACGCAGUCGAUCGCCUUCGCCUAGUAUCGGAGAGGAACAACAAAGAACCAAAUCUGCAUUACCUCUUGUCGAACAAACCAGUGAACGAAGUCACACUCCAUCACCUACUGCUCAAGAAGGCGAAGUAAGAAGCCGAUCACCUUCACCUAUCACUCAAGGAAAACAUGAACGCAGUCGAUCGCCUUCGCCUGUUGCCCAAAACGUACACCAAAGGACCGAAUCUCCAUUACCUAUUGCCGACAAAAGUAGUGAACGAAGUCAAUCACUGUCGUCUGCUGCUCAAGAAGGGGAAGCAAGAAGCCGAUCACCUUCACCUAUCACUCAAGGAAAAGAUGAACGCAGUCGAUCGCCUUCGCCGAGUAUCCAAGAGGAGCAACAAAGAACCGGAUCUCCAUUACCUAUUGUCGACAAAAGUAGUGAACGCAGUCAAUCACCAUCAUCUGCUUCUCAAGAAGACGAAGUAAGAAGCCGAUCACCUUCACCCAUCAAUCAAAGAAAAGAUGGACGCAAUCGAUCGCCUUCGCCUGUUGCCCAAAACGUACACCAAAGGACCGAAUCUCCAUUACCUAUUGUCGAACAAAGCAGUGAACGAAGUCGCACUCCAUCACCUCCUGCUCAAGAAGGCGAAGUAAGAAGUCGGUCACCUUCACCUAUCACUGAAGGAAAAGAUGAACGCAGUCGAUCGCCUUCGCCUAGUAUCCAAGACGAACAAAACAGCACCGAAUCUGCAUUACCUAUUGUCGAACAAAGCAGUGAACAAAGUGGCACUGCAUCGCCUCCUGCUCAAGAAGAUGAAGUAAGAAGCCGAUCACCUACACCCAUCACUGAAGGAAAAGAUGAACGCAGUCGAUCGCCUUCGCCUAGUAUCCAAGACGAACAAAACAGCACCGAAUCUGCAUUACCUAUUGUCGAACAAACCAGUGAACAAAGUCAAUCACCAUCCCCUCCUGCUCAAGAAGGCGAAGUAAGAAGCCGGUCACCUUCACCUAUCACCGAAGGAAAAGUUGAACGCAGUGGAUCGCCUUCGCCUAGCAUCCAAGAGGAACAAAAAAGCACCGAAUCUGCAUUACCUAUUGUCGAACAAAGCAGUGAACGAAGUGGCACUGCAUCGCCUCCUGCUCAAGAAGAUGAAAUAAGAAGCCGAUCACCUACACCCAUCACUGAAGGAAAAGAUGAACGCAGUCGAUCGCCUUCGCCUGUUGCCCAGGACGGACAACAAAGAACCGAAUCUCCAUUACCUAUUGCCGACGAAAGUAGUGAACGAUGUCGCACUCCAUCACCUCCUGCUCAAGAAGGCGAAGUAAGAAGCCGGUCACCUUCACCUAUCACUCAUGGAAAAGAUGAAGGUAGUCGAUCGCCUUCGCCUAGUAUCCAAGAGGAGCAACAAAGAGCGGGAUCUCCAUUACCUAUUGUCGGGAAAAGUAGUGAACGCAGUCAAUCACCAUCGUCUGCUGCUCAAGAAGGCGAAGUAAGAAGCCGAUCACCUGCACCUAUAACUCAAAAAAAAGAUGAACGCAAUCGAUCGCCUUCGCCUGGUGUCCAAGAUGGACAAGAAAGGAUAGAAUCUCCAUUACCUAUCGUCGAACAAACGAGUGAACGAAGUGACACUGCAUCACCUAUUGUGAAAAAAACUGAUGAAAGCAGCGGAAGCUCGUCACGUUUUACGGAACAUAAAGAAGAAAAUAGUCAAUCUGUUUCGCCUAUUCUUUGGGAGACACAGGAAAGCAGAAGAUCAGCAUCACUUGUUACCGAGAGUAAAGAUGAACGCAGUCGAUCCCCAUCGCCUAACAUCGAGCUAGACGAACGCGACAGUCCACCUGUUUCAUGCUACGCGGACGAGAAUCAUGAACAUAGUUUAUCUUCAUCUCGUACUGUGCAAGAAGAACAGCAAAGAAGGGGAUCUCCAUUUCCUAUAACCGAGCAAGAACUUCAACGAAGUCGAUCUCAGUCGCCUACUAUCCAAGAGGAACCACAAAGUAACGAAUCGGUACUACCUAUUACUGAACAAAUAGCAGAACGAAGCAGAUCAGGAUCGCUUGUGAACCAAGAAGGACAACAAAACACGGGAUCAGCAUCGGGUCUUACCGGUGGAAAAGAUGAACCCAGUCGAUCACUAUCGCCUGGUGUCGAAGCGGAACAAAAAAGGAGCGAAUCUCCGGUACUUGUUAUGGAACAUAAAAAUGAACGAAGUCGAUCUUCAUCGCCUUCAUUGAGAGAAGAGCAGGAAAGGAACGAGCCUCCAUCAGCUUUUACGGAGGAAGAAGAUGAACGUCGUCGGUUUGCGUCACCUGUUGCUGAACAGGAACAACAGAGAAGCCGAUCACCAUCAUCUGUUAUCGAAGAGAAAAAAGCACUCAUUCGGUCCCCAUCCCCUACCAUCGAACAAGAUGAAAACCUCAGUCAACCCGUUCCACUCGCCGCAGACCAGAAUCAGGAAGAAAGUCGAUCUCAAUCACCAACUGUGCAAGGAGAACAAGAAAGAAGCCGAUCGCCUUUACCUGUAAGCGAACAAAAUCGUGAAGGAAGUCAAUCUCCUUCACUUAAUGUGGAUGAGGAUGAAGGAAAGAGUCGAUCAUCAUCGCUUCUUACUGAAGACAGACAUGAACGAAGUCGAUCUCCAUCACCUGUUAUCCAAGAGGAACAGCUAAGGAGUGAAUCUCCAUUACGAAUAGACGAACAAAAAAAUGAAGGAAGUGAAUCUUCAUCGUUUACUGUCCGAGAAGAACAACAAAGAAGAGAAUCUCUAUCACAUUUCACAGAUGAAAAAGAUGAACGGAGUGCAUCUCCGACGCAAGCUGUGCAAGAAGGACAGAAAAGGGGUGAAUCGACAUUAUCAGUCACACAACACGAAAAUGAACGAAGUGAAUCCCCAUCACCUGACGUCGAAGUGGAUAACAAAAUGAGCAAAUCUUCGUCAGUUUUUGUGGCUCAAAAGGAUGAACAUAGUCGAUCGCCAUCGUCAGCUGAUCAAGAGGAAAAACGAAGGAGUGAAUCUCCAUCAUAUACCAUCGAGCAAAGCGAAAACCGUAGCCGACUCGUUUCACCUACUGCGGCAAAAAGUGAAGAACAUAGUCUUUCUCAAUCAAUGCUUGUGCAAGGGGGCGAACAGAGAAGCCGAUCUCCAUCACCUAUUACUGAAGACAAAUAUGAAAGAAGUGGAUCAACAUCAUCUGCUGUGCAAGAGAGACAGGAGAGGAGUCGUUCUUCAUCACCUAUCAUCGAACAAAAGCAAAUACGUAGUCGAUCUCCAUCACGUGUUAGGGAAGAAAAGCUUGAACGAAGACAAUCUGAAUUAGCUAUUUCCCAAAAUAAUGAACAAAGGAGUCGAUCUUCAUUGCCUACCGCCGACCAAGAUGAAGAUCAGAGAACACCCGUUUUACCAGUCGCGCAACAGAAUGUGGAACAUAGUCGAUCUCAGUCGCCCAAUGUGACAGAGGAUGAACACAGAAGCCAGCCGACAUCACCCAUUACUGAACAAAAAGAUGAGCGAACUCGAUCUCCAUCACCUAUUUUCCAACUAAAACAUGAACGUACUCGAUCUGAAACACGUACUAACGAUGAUGUAGUCGAUCCGACUAUGUCUAAGUCUCCUGUUUCAUCACCAACUCUAUCAGAGAAAUUGGAAGAAAACCAAAAUGCCCAAUCAUCGUCAGAUUUUACGUAUAAAACUACGCAUACCUUAACAGAAGACGUAGUUCAUUCCCAGAUGCAUGAAUCGGAAAAAGCAGAUUACGAUGGAUCAACAUUACCGAUAAUCAGUCAGAAACAACAUCAAGAAGAAAAUAUGACGCAAGGCUUUACACCAUUAUCAUUCACAAAUGAAAACAAAUUAUCCGGAGAAGAAGAUUAUAAAUCUGACGAAACUGACGAAAAUAGACACGUUUUGAUGAAAAAUGAUGAACAAUUAAAAGAAUGUUCAAUACCGUCAGCUUUAACAGAAAAACACGUAGAAGAACCAUUGCUCAUUUCAUCACCAGUGACAACAUCUCCAUCAGUAAAAGAUCAACAAGAAACAUCAUUCAUUAAUACUGAGGAGGAAAAUCAAAAUUUUCCUCUGAUUUCGUCAUCAACAUCACUUCGUGGUGAAAAUCAGUAUUCUAAAACAAUAAAAUCACCUAUUAAAGAAAGUGUUUCAUCAAUCAUACUGGAGAACCAAGGCACGAUGUCUCCUACUCCAGCUACUCAUCCAGAAUUAUCGAGUCUUUCUCAUUCUGAACCUCUAGUCGCAUCGAAACCUACGGAAACAAUCGAACUUGUUUCAUCAACACAACCUGUGUCUUUUGAUCAUCAUAUUGAACCUGAUUCAUCUCCUAAUCUUAUAUUAUCCGAUAUUCAUCGAUCAAGCAUUACACGCAGUCAAAGUUCAUCAGCAAUUGCUCGUCCUAAUACCCUUGCUUUUUCUCCCAAUGAUCAUGAUCUUGAUGGACUUUAUCUUUCAAAUGAUUAUGACGAUGAAAAUGAAAUGCCUGAAAAUAAUGAAUAUCAUCAUAAUAGUGCUCCGACGAGCACUGUGCGUGAAGAAUGCUGUCAUUUGGAUCUUCUACAUAAAGAUAGCGUUGAACAACAACACACACCAAUAGAUCCAACUAAUAUUUCAAAAACUUUAUCGAUAGUAGAAAAAUCCACAAUAGAAGGUAUUCUCUACACAUUACAUUACAUAAUGGUGAUAUGUUCAUGGUGUUGGAUAUUCAUUUUUCUUCCCCCUUCCCUAUCAUUAUAUAGUGACAUUAGUGGUGUUGAUUCAACAAAUUCCAAAGGCACAUAA